CGGUGCUCGGCUGCAUUCACGGAAGGCGCCCGAAAACGCUUCGGAAAAAGGCAUCAGGGGCAGCGCGCGUUCGUGUCGCCCAUUGUUAUCCUCGUCGCGUGUAAUGGCUACCGUGGAGUUUGUUGACGGUUCCCUGUCUGCUUGUUCGCGCAACGGCCUAUCCUGAGCCACGGUACGCAGCGACGUGGCUGUACCCGCACGGGAAUUGAAACCGAGCAGAGAGCGGAAUACCGAAAGCCGGAGGUACCGCCAAUUUUAUGCAACCGCGGAACCCGCGCUUCGUAUACCAGUCGCCGCAGCCGCCACCGCGCUUGGACGACAUGAUCUGCGCGGGUCAACGCUGCCCGUUGACAAGCGUGUAACUUGAAACUGAUUUCGCGGCAUCCAAGCAUACGGGCGAGAUAUCGCUUAACGGCGUUUGUGACCAGUGGUAAUUUUAGCGGGAUCCAACGUAGCGAACGGAAACAGUGUAUCAAUAGCAUCUGAAAUCGAUCGCCAUUGAUUUUCCGCCGCGACCACGGCCCAACCGACACGAGGAACUUGUUCUCGGAUGUUGUAUAGGACGAAAUAUCUAAACCACUUAUUAAGGUAUCGCGAGCAUCGGGAUUAGUGUGACCAGCUGCGCGGCAUUCCGCGCCGCAGUCAUGGCAACUAGAAGAUCAUCCGUUUGGCAUCCAGACAUAUAACCCGCGGCGCCCGUGUAGACUAUCACAUGGUCAAAGGCAACACAUCAAUGGCCCUAGAAUCAAAUGGCAACAACGUGGUGUGGUUGAACACAACCCGUCCUGAUCAAAUACAACAGAGCCAACCGAUCGAGCAGCCUGUGAAGUGUUCCAUGUUUACUCAAACCGAGCAAACCAACAGUUUCACUCAGACGGAGCAGAGCAACUCGAGCUACGGCGAUCAGAGACAGCAACAGGCAGCAAUGUUUGACCCACAACAAAUACAGCAGCAACAAGCUGCUCAGGGUCAACAGUCCCAACAGCAGCAGUCUCAACAGAUGUACGUUACAACCGACAAAAAGGAGGACAAGUCUCAGCAGCAAUCAGCAACUGCAGACUUUCCCUUUUAUUACAAUGUCAACAUGCUGCAAAAGGUUCAAACAAACGCGGUGAGCACGAUCGGUGCGAUCACAACCGACGACAAGGGUUGUUAUCGUUUUGAUGUGCAGCCCGUCGGUUAUAACACAUUAUUAAACCAGAUGAGCAUCGCGGCCGCGACCAAUGCCACAUUCAAAUGUGACAUUUGUGGUUUGGUCUUCGGACACAUGAGCUUGCUGAAUCAUCACAAACGGAUUCACAAUACAACGCCCAGCAAUCUUCAACAACAACCGCAGCAAGUUGUCGUGCAAACACCUACGACGGUGACUGUUGCAACCACACCAGAAAGACCGUAUACCUGUGAUGUGUGCGGAGCUUGUUUCGCAUUACCAGGAGAAUUGAAGAGCCACAAAACGAAUAUGCACCAGAAACCCAAAGUGCAAAUUUGUGAGGAUUGCGGCAGCGAGGACCCCUGUGAACAUCAUCCUACUAAAGUUAAGAAGACUAUCAAACCUGGUCAUCAUCCUGUAAAACGAAGGGGUGUCACCAGUGUUACUAAGUGUCACAAGUGCAAUGGCACAGGAAUUAUUUUCAUUGGUAAACACGACGAAAAACUAGAUUCUGGAAUCAGUUCCCUCGCAAAGUGUGGCGGCUGCAAGGCUACAGGCCGCAUCAUCAUAGGAAGCGGUAAACAGAACAGCCAAAAUCAGGCAGAGAAGCCGUUUCACUGUAACGUUUGCGACGGGACAUUCUCCAGAUACUCGUCGCUUUGGUCCCACAAGAGACUUCAUUCUGGAGAUAAACCAUUCAAGUGUGAAGUCUGUGGCUUAGCUUUCGCAAAAGCUGCUUAUCUAAAAAAUCACGGACGAGUGCACACCGGCGAGAAACCUUUUAAAUGUACUGUUUGCGGUAUGCAAUUCUCGCAAAGUCCACAUUUGAAAAAUCACGAAAGAAUCCACUCCGGUGAACGUCCUUAUCAGUGUGAAGUAUGUGAAAAGACAUUCGCCAGACACUCGACCCUCUGGAAUCACAGAAGAAUUCAUACCGGUGAAAAACCUUACAGAUGUAAUAUAUGUGGUUCGGCCUUUAAUCAAGCUACACAUCUGAAAAAUCAUGCGAAAGUUCAUACUGGUGAAAAGCCGCACAGAUGUGAUAUAUGCGAAAUUGGAUUUUCUGAUCGCUUUGCAUUAAAGCGUCAUCGUGCAAUUCACGAAAAGUACGGGCAGACCGCCCGAAAUCCGAAUUCGAAUAAUGCGAAUAACGCACAGCAAGCGAACGCCAGUAACCAGCAACAGCAACAGCAGCAGCAGCAGCAACCCCAGCAAGCGCAGCAAGGUCAACAGGUUGUCGUGGUGAACGCUACGACUCCUGUUACCGUGAGCCAAGGUCAAGGCCAAGCGGUAAUGCUCGAAGAAGUCUACAAGUGUCAGGUGACCUUCCCAGAGCCUAAAUGAUUCAGCUAGAGAAUACCUUUCAGGAGCUGGUAAAGGGGUUAAUUUUUUAACCUUUUUAAACAAACAAAAACUAUACUAAUUAAAAUACGAUACACUUGCGUGCGAACGUAUACAAACGAACGUAAAAAAAAUGUAAGGGAGAAGGUAGACAACAUUUGGAAGAGGCACGACUCCGGGGUGAACAGCACGUCGUCCGUGCAGAUUUUCUCUGGGACAAUUAUUUGGUGACAGUCGGAGGUAUUUUAAAUAUAUGACGGAUGAAAAAAGGGGGAAGGUAGAAGAGGGAAGAAGAUUCGCCAGUAGUUUUCACGGCUGGAUGUUUUCGUAAAACGUGACUCGGAAGAGUACACACGGCUCGUAGAAAAUCGAAACAAUCUCCCAACUCCGGUAAUAACGAUAUAAGAUCUUUUUGUGAAUGAGUGGUUCUGAAACGAUAUUAGGAGGAGGAAGAGGAGGAAUUAACGAGGCAAGAAUUAGUAGUAAAUCUGUUUCAUAUUUUCUCACUCGAGGUAUGCAGACGUUUUAACAUCUGAUCGAAUAACAAUCGUCCUACAGAUAUUGUAGUACUUUCUUUGAGUUUUAAACGUGAAAUUACGUUAUUUCUUUUUCUUGAGGUUUCGCGUAACCGUAAUUCCUCACAUUGAAUACAAUUUAACGAAAUGAGAUUAUAGUACAUACAGAUAAUGCAAUGGGGUUUCAUGACCUAGUGAAUCAUAAAAAAAGAAGCAUAUGUGAUACCUUCGAGUGAAUUCUUGGCUAGACAGAAAAUUCUGGUAACAUGACCACACAGAUACUAAUAAACUGUGCAAAUUAUGCAUAUUUAUGAUCGACGUAGACAAGUGUUUUAAAAUCGAAUGUUAAAAUUACACGUCGAUAGGCCUGAAGAAGAAAUUUAUUUUACACACAUGCCUGAACCUCGGCCCUUGCUUAUCACGAAUAAUGAAUUAAAAAUGAGUUCAAUAAUCGAUGCACGUUAAUGUCGGCUGUUCAUUUGAAAUGAAUAAUCAUUGAUAAAAUAAUAGUUAUUCUUUUAAGAACAACGAAAUUAUCGAUUGGUAUUAAGAUGUACUUUCCUUUUGUGAUUGUUUGGAACGGAAGUCGUGGAGUGGAACGAUAAUCGCAAUUUGAGCGAGCCCUCUUCCGUCCAGUCAUUCGGGAUCACAAUAAAGAGAAAAAAGAAAAACAGUUGCGUUACUGCAAUGACAACGACCACGAUUGAAAAGAUGAACGUAAAAGAAGUGACAAUGACGACGAAGAAUAAUGCCACGAGAGGAAGAUUUCUAUCUUACACGGAGCUGCAAUAAAUAAUAGUGAAUAUCUCUCGACGAGCAGACUAAUCUGUUUUUUAAUUUUAAGGCCGUGAACUAUAAUGGAUAUCAGUUACUAAAAAUAGUUGCUAGUUUGUAACGGCAAAAAUAGCUGACUAGAUUAUCUAUACGAUAUAUACAUAAUUAAUUUUUAUAUCCCCACUUGUUAAGUGCGAUGGCCAAACACUGUCGCUGUGAACUCUUAAAAAUAGCGGUGAAUCAGAAUCGAUUCGGUCUGUAACUUGAAAAAAAAAAAUAGGAGAGGUUUCACCGGUCCCACAGCUCCGACUGGUCGGUAACUCGUGGUGUCGAUGAUAGCAAUCGGAAUACCACUUAAACCAUUUUGUACGCAAACAUAAACGCUGUUCCUUGAAUACCUUUGUCGACUGUAUUUUUCUUUUCGCGAUUAAACAUUUUUUCCAAUAUUUUUUAAACGGUGUUGGAUAGAAUUUAUGUUUCUCCCCUCGCUGCUGUACACAUACAUGAAAUAAAUUAUUAUCUUCUAAAAUUCGCGAGGACGAGUUCGCCAACAGGAUCCACAAGUAAAAUCUUAGAUCGUGUUGUCGUCUAAACAUUAUCGUUUCUUGUGUAAAGGACGAAGGAAAUAAAUCAAGACUCAUUAUUACGAAUGAAUCAAGCCUGAAACUUACGGGUACAGGCGACAAUAUAUGGCUCGGUGAUAUCCCGUAAUCUUUUAUACAGUGUAUGAAUUGAUAAUAUUUGAUGAAUAUUUAAUUAAGAAAUACUAUUGAGAGGACUACUACAUAAAGUGUUCCACCCCUACAAUCGAAUCGUUGAGCAGGUCGGAUGGUUUAACACGGGAGGCCUGGGUUUGGGGAUUACUUUGUUUUUAUCGCUAUAACUUGUAAAAUAAAGAUAAUGCUAUUACGUUUAAUUUACCUUUAAUGUGGUCAUAAUACCUGCUACAGUAUUUUCAAUUAGAUUAGAAGAACUUUUCUCUUCGAUAUUCCCUGAAUUUUUCAUUUCGCCUGAUUUAUUAUUUUCUUGUCUGCAAGACUGAGUGGCGUACUUCAAUUCUCUUAACACUGUCACAUCUAAACUUUUAAUAGUUGAAUGUUCAGACGCCCGUUACACAGCAAUCGCUAUAGAAAUACUGGGUAGAAUUGAAUUGUUUUCCAUUCGAAACUCAAUCACUUUAGUCGUUUUAUAGCGAAAACAGUAAGCCAUGCGUUAAAAGAAGAAAUUUCCAUUCGGAGUAAACGUUUCUAUUGUUUCACUAUGUAACACUACUUUCGAGGGAGAACAGAGUCUGUAUAUAUUUAUUACCGAUUGUACGAUGUCUUCAGGUCGAAGAGGAGGGCUCUAAUCGUAGCAUUUUAUAAACCGAUUCACUUUUAUUCGAUUGUAUACAAGUGAAACCACGAAAAGCAAGCGUACGAUUCUUUAUUUGUUUGUGUAUUUACUACAAAGUGCUCAAAAUAAUUAAGAUGUAAUCUAUAAGAUCAUUUGUUUCCCUUUAAAUUUCAAUACACUUUUCAGAGUCUGCCCCAGAAUCCUCUUAAUAAUUUUGAGCAACGUCGAGCAGCAUUCUGGAAUGAAUUUCGUGACCGUUCCUCCAGAUAGUUUCUCGACUGUUAGUAGAAAUUUGUGAAUCUUUUGUAAUUAAUAUAGUCUCCGGGCCCUGUUUUUCGAGCGAAUUGUAACACACUUUCAUAAUAUUAUACUUACGUUGAUGAAAGACCUGCCGUCGCGUAAGGUCGAUCAAGAUUGUAAGUAACGAAGUCUUAGGUGAAUAAGUAAGUUUAUGAAUCGCGUCGUAGAAAUUGUCAAAGGAGAUUACGGGACCGUAUAUGAAGCAAUCUUGUUAAGAGCAUGAUUAAAAGCAUUGGUCGGUGCCAUUUAUACAUAAACGUUUCCUCGUUUCCCUUUUGCAAGUUCAACAUUUUCAAUCCAAAUCGAUAGACACUUUCCCCACGGUUACGCGUGACUCCUGGCAAUUUUACUACGCUCCUUAGAUAAUGUACUGUAAUAUGUACGAAAUGAAAAUUCGGAGCUUCCAUUUUAAUCAAAAAACGCCUGGAAGCGUUUUCCUCAGCCUCGUAGUUAACAUGUACCCGUGAUCUAUCUGAUUUUUCAAUUGUACAUACAUACACGCGCAUUGGAUCACAGAUAAUAAUUCUGCAGAAAAGAGAAACCAACAGUUUAUUGCGUUCCGUUUAACAUUGCGUCGAUUAAUUUAAUCAGCAACGAAUCCUUCCUUAAUCGUUUGAAAAUUAAGGGUCGAGGUUUCAGGGUCAUUACGAAGUGCACCAGUCUUUUGUAAUUGUGCAUGGGAUUUUCAAAGGAACAUAAGAGAGUGACGUAUGAAUUUGCAUGCCGAUAACAACCAUCGAAAACGAUCGUUGUCCUUAAAACGUUCGACCCUUUUUAUCACGUUUCCUCUGACUCCGAAGGACUGACGGCUUAAUUAAUUCGCGCACGUCAUUCACUGAAAGAUUAAUCUUUAUCUGGAUCAUAAACAGCAAAAGGAAAAUAACAACUCUUCUCGCAACAGUAUUUUUUAAUUAUGGACAACAACAGACAGCAGAGUUGACGUCCAGAUAGGGAUUAAACGGACGUACCGAGGCGAAGAUACGUAAAAAAUGUGUAUAAGUAUAUAUUGUAUAAGUCUUGUAACAUGUACAGAUUUUUCGUCCGUGCUCGAAGGAAAGUCGAAGGGUUUUUUUGUACAAAACUUUUCUCGUUAAUUGUGCGCAAGCAAAGGGAAAACGAAUUUUUCCAUUUCUCUUUCUUCUUUUCCGGUUUUUUUAUCUAUCUCUUUGUCUCUCUCUUUCUCUUUCUCCCCUUUUGAUAACGAUGUUCGUCGUCUAGCCAAACAGGAAAAGAACAAACGAAGAGGAAUGGUAGAAGAUAAGGAAAAUAUAUAAAAAAAAAGAAGGAAAACAUACGAGUACACGGUAUACGGUACGGACUAUACCGCAUUAAUGUAGAAACAUAUUCGUAAAGAUAAUAAAAAAAGCUAGUGGCGAAGAGACGUGGAAGGAAAUCAUGAAUGAAUAGAACUUAGACAUAGCGUGCAAUUUUACGGAGUUUCUUAAUUAAAUAAGGAGGGAAAAAAAGGAAAAAAGAAGAACAGGAAGGAUACAUGAAAGAUAGAACAAGGAAAUAUGCAGUCCUAUCGCGGUAUAGAUUAAUUUUUACAUGACACCACGUUGUAUGGGCAAUAAUGCUGAUCAUACGAAUUUUUGAUAAUAAAACACGUUCCUAUUAAAUUAUCUGUUCAUUGUCGUAUUGUUAAGUCUUCUGAAGUGGGGGCGAUUAGAAGAUGUGGAAAAGAGAUGAUGUCUUUGAGGAUAUAGAUUUCUGACGCUCGGGAAGAGUUGAAUGGCCUCUUUGUAAGAUAAUAAAGAAACAUCCUACUUUGAAAAGAAACGUAUAGAAGUGAAUAAAUGGUACAGGAGAACAGGAAAUAAAGAUGAUGAGGUAUGAGAUGAAAAAAGGGAGAAGCAUUGUAAUUUUUUAAUGCGACGACAAGAAAAUUAAAAGGAACAUUGGUAAACAUGAAUCUAACGACGUGAGACUGUAUAUUUAACAUAAUAAUUUAUUUUCAGGGUAUCUAUCAAGAUAUUUUUUCAUUUGCCAUUGUAAAAAAUUUGGAAGAUUUACGCACUUUCUAAUAAACUACAGUAAGUGUGUAAAAUUAUACAUAAAACCCUAAUACGAUAAGGAAGACGAAAUUAAUUAUUAUUUCCGUUCUUUCGAGGAGGACCUCGACGGUCUGUCGACACUCUCAUCGUCGAAUCCGUGAGAGUGUCGAGGACGAAGGUUGUGGUUAAAGAAAAAUAUUACUUUUAUCAUUGUAACGUUAUAAAUCAAGUGAACUGUAUUCCGCGAUGCGCUUUUUUAAAAUUAUUAAGUUUCAAUCUUUCGUUUUCCUUUGGCUUCGACUUCCGUGGUAUUUUUGUUUGACAUUAGAUCGAGGGGGAGGAAUUUAUACGUCUAACUUAGAACGAUGUAAUUAAGAGAAAUCAUUUGUAAAACGAAGCCGAAAAUAAAUAAUGGUAAAAUGGCACGCGGUGGUGGAACCACUACGAAGAAACUUGUAAUGUGUAUAAUACACGUACAUAUGCGCGCAUUUGCGCGAACACCGUUUUUGUAUGAAGGAACAGUCGUAAAGGAAAAAAAAAGAUUGUCACUUUAGAUUAGUCUGCUGUCAAUAUAACUAGAAUUAUAAUUUUAAAUGUAACAUGUAUUAUAUUGAUUAUUGCCUAGAUAAGGAAACCGUACCGAUUAAAAAGUUAGCGCACGAUUAUAUCAGACUUUAGGUAUAUAAUAAUAAAUGAUGUCCACGGGACAUUUUCAUUUUUGAAGA